CGCGUCCAAGCAGACUCGUCCCAUCCUCUCGUUAUGACUCUCUCUGUAGCCACCGCGCGCACUGAGCUGCAGCAGCGCGUUCCUUCCGCCGCUGCGUCUGUGGGCGUCGUCACCAUCUGCGGCGGCGGCAAUGGCGCGCAUGCGGCAGCCGCCUAUCUGUCGUCUAAGGGUCUGCGUGUGCAAGUACUGACACGCCAGCCUGAGCGCUGGGCGCAGACGCUAGAGUUGAGUACGGCCGGCAGUAGUUGGGAGUGCAAGGGUGUCAUUAUGGGCCGUCUGAGUCUGGUGUCCAAACACGCUAAACACGUCAUCCCGCAGUCCGAUGUAGUCAUCGUAGCUGCGCCUGCCAAUGCGCACCCGACUAUCCUGGAGCACGUGGCGCCCUACCUCAAGAAGGAUGUCAAGCUGGGCGCUUUAUUCGCUCAGGGAGGCUUCGAUUGGGCCGCAAAGAAGGCGCUCGGGGAGGAGAAGUUUGCCAACGUGGACUUGCUCUUUGGUCUACAGAACAUCCCGUGGAUCUGUAAGGCAACGAAAUACGGCCACAAGUGCCGCAUCAUUGGCCCUAAGCAGUGCUUGUAUGUGGCCUGUUACCCUGUGGAACGGAAGGAUGAAGCGGCGACACUUAUCCAGACGCUCUUUGAUAUCCCGUGCAAGACGGUCGCCAACUUCCUGAACCUGACGCUCACUCCGUCCAAUCAGAUCAUCCACCCGGCUCGUUACUAUGCAAUAUUUCGGGACUGGGACGGCAAAAAGACCUACACCCAUGAGGAGCUUAAGAAGCGCGAGGGUCUGACACUAUACGCCGACUUCGAUGAGUUCUCGGCGGAGCAGCUGACGAUGCUGGACAAUGAGUUGCAGCAGAUCAAGUACGCUCUUUUGCAGCGCUUCCCGGCAUUAGACCUGUCUGAUGUGCUGCCCAUGGGAGACCGUGUGGUGAAGCACUACGGCCAGGACGUGGCAGAUCGCUCUUCGCUCCUGCAGAUCUUCCGCACGAACCUGGGCUACGCUGGGUGCGCGACGCCGCUAACGGAGGUGUCGAAGGGUCAAUUUCACCCUGCAGUCAACUCGCGUCUGUUCUGGGAAGAUAUCCCUUACGGUCUGUGCAUUCUGAAAAACAUGGCGGAGAUGCUGGGCAACUUCCCCACGCCCCGAAUCGACUUUAUGAUCCGCUGGCACCAGCAGCACAUGGGCGUGGAAUUUCUCAACUCCGACGGCCAACUGAACGCUCGUGAGCUGUGGCGUACAGGUGCGCCGAACAAGUACGGCAUCCACAGCCUUGAGGACCUCGUCUCAACGUCUCUGCCUAAGGAAAUGCGCAACUACCGUCACCCGCGAUCGCGCAUUUAG